UCCCCCUCCGCUCUCCCACUUUCUCUGCAGCUUAGAUCGAACAUCAAUUUCAAGCUCUGUAAUUUCAAUCUACCUUCAACAGUAUCUCAAAUCUCCCAUGGACACCCUCCUCCGAAUCCCAAAACCCCAAGUUCCCACCUUCAUCCCUUUCCUCAACAAAACCCCCCAUCCCCGAUGGCCCAGAACCCCCAUCUCCCCAUCCACCACCGCCGCCGCCACUGCCACCACCGCCUCCACCGCUUCCUUUCUCGAACUGGUCCCUAAAACCAAGAAAGAAACCCUCGAUUUCGACCUUCCCCGCUACGACGCCACCAAUCGCCCCACCAUAGACCCCAUAGCCCUCGCCGUCGUCGGCGGCGGCCCCGCCGGCCUCGCCGUCGCCAAACGCGUCUCAGAAGCCUGUCUCUCCGUCUGCUCCAUCGAUCCCUUCCCUAAUCUCGUCUGGCCAAACAACUACGGCGUCUGGGUCGACGAGUUCGCCGCCAUGGAUCUCCUCGACUGCCUCGACGCCUCCUGGAGCUCCGCCUUCGUCUACAUCGACAACUCGACGACUAACUGCAAGCUCCUCUCCCGUCCCUACGCAAGAGUCGAUCGCCGCCGCCUCAAAUCCCGUAUGCUCGGCUCCUGCAUCUCCAAUGGCGUCCGUUUCCACCAAUCCAAAGUCCUCAACGUCGUCCACGAAGAAUCCCGCUCCCUCCUCUUCUGCAGCGAUGGUACCAUCAUCCCCGCCGCCGUCGUCCUCGACGCCACCGGAUUCUCUCGCUGUCUCAUCCGCUACGAUAAACCCUACAACCCCGGGUACCAGGUCGCUUAUGGAAUCCUAGCCGAGGUUGAGGAACACCCAUUCGAAUUAGACCGGAUGGUUUUCAUGGAUUGGCGAGAUUCGCAUCUAAAGUUCCGCUCCGAUCUCAAGCGGCGGAACGAUGCAUUGCCCACUUUCCUCUACGCGAUGCCCUUCUCCUCCGAUCGAAUCUUCCUUGAAGAGACCUCUCUGGUGGCUCGUCCCGGGAUACCGAUCGAGGACAUACAGGAGAGAAUGGUUGAGCGAUUGAGACAUUUAGGGAUAAAGAUUAAGCGGAUCGAGGAAGAUGAAAGGUGCGUGAUACCCAUGGGCGGCCCGCUCCCCGUGCUGCCGCAGAGGGUUCUAGGAAUCGGAGGAACAGCUGGGAUGGUUCAUCCUUCUACAGGAUACAUGGUGGCGAGAACGCUCGCCGCCGCUCCGAUUGUAGCGGACGCCAUAGUUCGAUACAUUGGGGGAAGCGGGGAGGAAGUAUCGGCUAGGGUUUGGAAGGAUCUGUGGCCGAUCGAGAGGAGGAGACAGAGGGAGUUCUUCUGCUUCGGCAUGGAUGUGCUGCUGAGGCUGGAUCUGGAGGGUACGAGGAGGUUCUUUGACGCUUUCUUCGGCUUGGAGGCGAGGUAUUGGCAUGGCUUCUUGUCUUCUAGGUUGUUUCUGCCGGAGCUGCUGGUUUUUGGGUUCUCCCUCUUUGGCCAGGCUUCCAAUGCUUCAAGGUUGGAGAUAAUGGCGAAGGGGACGGGACCCCUGGUCAAGAUGGUAAAUAAUUUGUUAAAAGAUAGAGAACAUUAGGUUUUAUCAUAGUCCAUAGUUCAUGCAAUGAGUGUCAUUUUAUUGUUAUUCAAAUAAUGCUUUUUAAAAAAAAA